GUUCUAUAUUUAUCACUCCUCAGCCCUCAUGUAAGUGCUCAUUCACAUUUCUCUCUCUGGCUUGCCAUACUCUGUUUCUCUCUCUUAAAAGCUUCACAAGUUUCAUGGGUUGGCCACUCAAGAUCUUGUUUGCAGCUUUUCUGCUUGCUGCUGCAGCCAUUCAUGGAGCUCAAGGAGAUGCUAUGGUCACUGGCACUGUCUUCUGUGACCAAUGCAAAGAUGGCCAGAUUUCACUCUUUGAUUAUCCCCUCAGAGGAAGGAAAGUAGCAGUGGCCUGUGCUGACAGCAAUGGGCAAAUCACAAUGUGGAAAGAAGAGACUACAAAUUGGUUUGGAAACUAUGCCAUGACGUUUGAGGGCACCCCUGACUUGAGUGGUUGUUAUGCCAGGGUUUCGGGCAGCGGAGCGGGGUGCGGGGCGGCGGCUGGUCCACCCAAGAACCUAAGGAUCAUGUUCAGGAUGUUUGAUACGGAAAUGUUUUCUGUGGAACCUCUGCUUUCUGAGCCUGCUCAACCCAUGUCCUUUUGCUCAAGGUCUUCCACCCCCGUGCCGGCACCAGUAACCCCAGUUACACCUUCACCGGUGGAUAGACCACCGGUGCCUCGACUGCCGCCAAUGCCUCGAUUGCCGCCAAUGCCUCGACUGCCACCAAUGCCGCCACUGCCUCCAAUGCCACCGAUGACAUUCUUUGAAGCUUCUGCUUGUCCAUACAAGAACUGGACAAUGCCAGAGUACAAAUGCUACUGGAAGGCAGUGAGCCCGGACAUGAAAGUAGCCGUUGUUUUCGGACUGAUUGCGGCCCAGAGAUAUGGGACAGACAUGUCACUAUGGAAAGGGCUUCAAGGCAGGGGGGACCCUUACAAAACCCUCCUAAGGGAAGCCACAACUGCACUCCUCAACUCUUAUAACAGUGUUCAAUUCCCAUUUCAUCCCCUCGGUGUGAUCCAAGACACGAAUUGGGCCCUGAUGGGAUCCACGCGCCACGUUCUCCAUACGGCUUUGCGUUUCAUGAGGGCUAAUGCUGGAUAUGGGAAAGUCAGUUGCAAAUUCACCCCUUGCAAGUAGUGAUCAAGAGGAUUCAUUUGCUUUUCUGAGUUUAAUUUAUAUGAGGCUGUUUUUAGUAUGUUAUAAAAUGUUAUUUAUCUUUAAUAAAGCGUGCAUUGAUGUGCUGAGUUAGCGAA